AAAACACUUCCGUUCUGUAGUUCCACUUCGUUUGUAAACUUCCGGUGCUCUGUCCAAUAUGGCACCGGCUCGGCUGGAGGUGAAUUUCGUUAGACUGUUAUCUCGAUGUGAGUAUAUCACAUUGGAGAAACAAGGGGAAACCGAGUGGAGACUAGAGAAGUAUGUUGGCGCCCUCGAAGAUAUGUUGCGUGCUUUGAAGAGGAGUUCAAGCAAACCGACAGCAGACGUACUGAAAGGCUACCGGCGCAAAGUGGAUUAUCUGAAGGGACUGUUAAACGCUGAAAAACUGCAGUCCUUAAAGGAGACUGGCAGACAGCGUCCAGGACCUGGCCGAAACCUUAUCGCAGCCAAUGAGAAGACGCCAGUCACCAGGAAGUUCCAUGUGCAGAGGAAGGCACGCUCUUGUGGGGACGGGGGGUGUGAGCUGCAGGCAGCUCAGCCUUCCGAAACAGGUACCACGGAAACAGACAUGCGAAAGAGAAGGGCGUUGCGGCUGGAGGAUUGGCGGUCGGGGGCGGAGCUAGACGCCAUGUUGCAGCAGCAGCAGCACCUGGCGGAGGACAUCCUACACCUGGCGCGCAACUUGAGGAAGAGCACACUGGCCUCCCAACGACUCCUCCCGCAUGACACCCAGGUGCUGUCUUGCAGGGCGAAGCAGGAUGUAUGUGAGAAAAAGUGGGCGGAGUCAGAACCACGAUACCUUCUCUGGCUGGGCCUUGUCCUGGUCACCUUCAUCAGCACCAUCCUCUUCAUCAGACUCUUCCCCGAACUGUGGUGAAAAUGCCACCCUGGGUGCGCAUCACAACCAGUUGGCACAGGAAUUUGGGGAUGUGGCUUACUGCUGGGAGCAGUGCCUUGAACGUGUCUAUUUAUGCAACGCUGAAGCGCAUCUGUUUACGCAGCGAUCACACAGCGUCACAGGGUCCAGCUGCCUUGAACCCCACCCCAAAAACCACUUACCAUCGACUAAUUAGAACUCCAUGACAGUGUCUACCACUUCCCUGGUUACAUGUUGGCCCACAGUGACUGGCAUGUGGCCACCCUGAUCCAAUCAGAAAACAGCCGGACCUAGACCAAUUCCCAUUGUUUUUACAUUGGCUUCACCUGCAGUACUACUGCUCUGCAUUUCAGUGAACCCCAGGGCAGGGGGUAGAGGUCAUAGGUCAUCCGUAUCGUGGCUCAGUCCUGGAGGUCAUAGGUCAUCCGUAUCGUGGCUCAGUCCUGGAGGUCGUAGGUCAUCCGUAUCGUGGCUCAGGCCUGGAGGUCGUAGGUCAUCCGUAUCGUGGCUCAGGCCUGCUGUGCACGUAGCCGGAUGCUCUGUGGGCUGACUAACAUUGAUGGCUGGGUGAAGUGAGGAUGGAUGCUGUGAAAUGUUGAAGAAACAGAAGGAGUAUUUUACAUUUCCCAUUUAACCCUGACCUGCACCCAGCUUACAGCAUACACUAACUGCUCUGGCCUUUACACAUUAGAACUUCAAAACUCACCCUCAGUGUUUCCUACCUGAAAAUGUUCUAUUUUAUUAAAUUAUUUAUGAAA